GAAAUUACCGGAAUGUGCGCAAAACGGAUAUGGUUGCUCUUGGCCACCACGGUCUCGGUCAGCGGCCUCCAGCUUCCCCUUCUACAACCGCUCCGCACCUCAAACGAACCCCUUGUCACGCCUGAACUCGAUGCAUAUGUCAACAACGAGCUUGCGCGGUGGAACUCGUCUGGCCUCUCGCUGACUGUUGUCCGACAAGACACGCGUGCGACGGGAAAAUGGGACGUGGAGUUUGGCUCAUACGGAAUCGCGCAAGCGGACGGCGCCCUCGUUACGCCCGACACCCUCUUCGCCAUUGCGUCCAACAGCAAGCUCAUGCUGGCUAUGUCGGUCGGGCUGCUCAUCAAGAACGAAAGUUUGGCGGCUGCGCGUGGACAGCGGCUGAGGUGGGAUACCAAGAUAAAGGAUGUGCUCCCAGAGUGGCAGCUCAUGGAUGAGGGAGUCUCAGAACGAGUUACAAUUCAGGACAUGUUGAGCCACCGAACUGGCUUGCCGCGCCAUGAUUACAGUGGAAUGACAAGGCCAGGAGGCGUCUCUGAGAUGAUAUCGACCAUGCGUUACCUUCGUCUCUCAGCUGACUUGCGCGAGCAAUAUCAGUACAACAACCUUAUGUACGAAACGCUCUCACACCUCCCUCGGACCCUCCUCAACCAGUCCUUUGAAUCCUACAUCACCCAGCAUAUAUUUACACCGCUGGGAAUGAAUUCGUCGACCUACUCCGUUGCUGCGGCAGAAGCAAGCGGACAGCUUUCGCAUGGCUUCCAGUACGACAUGCAAGACCAGCUUUACGCAAGGAAUGGUACUAGAAAGCCAACCGUGCCGUACUUUCAACGGCCUGGCGAGGAGGGAAUCUGGGCGGGAGCCGCGGGGGUGUUGACUUCAGCGCGCGACCUGUCAAUGUGGGUGGCGAUGCUGCUCAACAAUGGCAAGCAUCCGCUCACCAACGAAACGGUCAUUCCUAAAGAGGUCGUUGACCACGUCGCCACUGGUGUCAGCGUCUCAAGUGGAAAGGCACCAUAUCCUGAACUGAGUCCCGCCGUCUAUGGCUGUGGACAAGACCGCUAUUCUUAUCGCGGCCACGAAAUUAUUGAGCAUGGCGGAAGCAACCCUGGGUUCAAGACCCAGGUCGCGCGUUUCCCGAACGACAACCUCGCGAUUGUGGUCUUGUCGAACGACGAGAACGGGAACCAUAUCCUCGAAAGUGUCAAGUGGUGGAUAGCAGACAGAGCAUUCAGACUUGAAAAUAUUGAUUGGGCUAAACGCUACGGGGACAAAUUCCUCGAGAGUGCAAGGAAGAACCGCGAAUCCGUAACCCCCCGCCCUUCCUCACCCGCACCUCCAACUUCCCCCUGGGACACAAUGCAAGGCACUUUCACAAACGGAGCCUAUGGCUCUAUCUCCCCGUGUUUUGUGGCUACUUCCCACGCUGGCCUGAACAACGCCUGCACGAAAGUCAUCAAACACAGCGUCGUCCAACGAAUCCUCUCCGCCCAGAACGACGAAAUUCCUACUUUUAUUGUCCCAUUCAAGCGCACGUUCUCGACCUACCUGCGCUUCCUGCAUUUUGAGGGCAACACGUUCAACGUGUCUUACGUCUGGUCGAAUGCAGAUGUUCGUCGACGCGAGGGCUUCGUCGCUAACAAGGAGAAAGACGACGGCGAUGUUAUUACAGGCCUGGACGACCGGUAUGUCGUCGAGUGGGUGGACAGCAGCAGCGGUGGACAGAGUGGAUGGGCGUUUUCUGACAACUUUUGGGGUAAGGGGGGAGAUGUGCGGCCACCGGAGGGAGCUACUGCCAGAGAAAGGGCAGAGGUUUGGUUCGGAAAGGCGUGA